AUGUCGACAGCGCCCGCAGCCGUGCUGCCGCCGCGAGGAGGCAUGGUGGCGCAGGUCGCCGCCGCCGUGAAAGCUGCCGUGGGGCGUUUAACAUUGAGUGUCUCACCGCGCGACAAUAUUAUAAAGUUUCGCGCGUACGAGAUGUCGCGAGCAGAAAAGUUUAAGUAUGGUGUCAUGUUUCUCAUCGCGCUCUUCUCCAUUGUCGUGAUGCAGGUGCCACCAUUUCCUUAUAAACUGAUUAUCCCCUUGUUAUAUAUUGUGGCCAUUUUAGUGCCACUCACAUCUCAACUUAUAUUGCCUGCCUCGCCCAUCCUAUUAUGGCUCCUACUCUUCUACUCAUGUCGCUUCAUUGACGUGUCAGCGCGGCCUCAUAUUUGGGUCUCUGUAUUACCGACGCUGGAGACAAUUUGGUACGGAGCCAACAUUAGUGAUAUCCUGACACGCUUUGGACAUCCUGUCCUGGAUGUCCUGGCAUGGAUCCCCUAUGGUGUCGUGCACUUUGUCGCGCCGUUUGUUGUGGCUGUCCUCGUAUUUGUUUUUGCACCUGAAGGGAGUGUGAAGGUAUUCGCAAAUGCAUUUGGCUUUAUGAACCUCACUGGUGUCCUGAUUCAAAUUGCGUUCCCAUGUGCCCCGCCAUGGUAUGAGCUACGUGAAGGCUUGUCCCCUGCAAACUAUGGUAUGCGUGGCUCUCCCGCUGGUCUAGCUCGCAUUGAUGCUAUUUUUGGUGGUAUUGGUUAUACCAUGGCAUUCAGCGGCGCGCCUGUCGUGUUUGGUGCCUUCCCCUCCUUGCACGCUGCCACAGCUACAUGUGAGUCGCUGUUUAUGAGCUACUUUUUCCCCUACAAAAUUCGCGUAGGACGCUGGCGCUUUGAUGUUCGCAUUCUUUACUGGGCUUACAGUUUUUGGCUGUACUGGUGUACCAUGUACCUUAUGCAUCAUUACCUUAUCGACCUGGUGGCCGGCGGUUGUCUGGCUACCUUCUCUUUCUACUUCUUCCGUACUGAAGAGGUGCGUGAUGCUCAAGAGCGACGUCUGGCAAUGCUGGAGCGUCAAGAGUAUGCCGAGCGUGCCGAGCGUGGCGAGGCCGAUGACGAAGACGGUCUGGCCCUUGAUACCAUCGACUUCAAGCCUGAGGAUGUAGAGGACGGGGAGCCAGCUGAUGCUGUAUUUGCCCUGGAUGAUGAUGAAGAGGAGACUAUCAAACCUUUUCCUUCUACGAGCUCAGCCCCUAGCAGUGAGCCGCAAGUACUGGCCACAGCGCGCCGAACGUCUCUCCCGUCACAGCGUCUGGCAGCAUAA